CUCCAGGAUUUCAAAACGUACGUCGAUCAAGCUUGUAGAGCUGCAGAUGAAUUUGUCAACAUUUAUUAUGAGACGAUGGAUAAAAGGAGGAGGGCUUUAACGAGGCUUUAUUUGGACAAAGCCACCUUAGUUUGGAAUGGUAACGCAGUGUCUGGGCAAGAAGAACUGAAUAAAUUUUUUGAAAUGUUGCCGUCUAGUGAAUUCCAGGUUAAUGUGUUGGACUGCCAGCCCGUUCACGAGCAAGCUACGCAGGGCCAGACAACAGUCCUCGUGGUGACAAGUGGGACAGUAAAAUUUGAUGGCGACAAGCAGCGCUACUUCAAUCAGAACUUCUUGCUGACGGCCCAGGCCACACCGACCAACACGGUGUGGAAGAUCGCCAGUGACUGUUUCCGCUUUCAGGACUGGGCCAGUUAG